CUCCUGUCCCGCCCUCCUCCUAGUCCCCUCCCCUCCCUCCGAGUGUGUGUCAGUGACCCAGAGGCGGUGUGAGGCGGAGGGACCGUCGGGGGGCGCCGCCGCGGCCGCCGCCUCCACCAGCAGCACCAGCAGUGCCGCACGUUCGGAUUUGCCUCGAGCCCUCCGGGAGCGCACCACAAAGCGGGCCCCGCGUCUUUCCGUCCGCCCGCGGUUCCUCAGCACUCGGCUCCGAGGCCAACUUCCCUCGCGGGGCUUGGUCGGCUGGCGAGGAAGGCGGCGGCAGAACGCUGGGCUCUCUGCUCGCGCUCCUCGCGUACGCACACUUCACCCCGUCGCUCCGGAUCUCGGGGCCGUGCUGGGAUUGCGGCCACCAGCAAUUGUCCGGAGAUAAUGCAAAAGGUGUCCCAAGGCUCCUGACCAGUGAACAAAGAUUUGAGAAAGACAGCCAAGCUCAUGUUUUCUCCUGAUCAAGAAAAUCAUCCAUCCAAAGCACCAGUAAAAUAUGGUGAACUCAUUGUCUUAGGGUAUAAUGGAUCCCUCCCAAACGGCGAUAGAGGAAGAAGGAAAAGUAGGUUUGCUUUGUUUAAAAGACCUAAGGCAAAUGGGGUGAAGCCCAGCACUGUGCAUAUUGCUUGUACUCCUCAGGCUGCAAAGGCAAUAAGCAACAAGGACCAGCACAGCAUAUCAUAUACCUUAUCUCGGGCCCAGACGGUGGUGGUUGAAUAUACUCAUGACAGCAACACUGAUAUGUUUCAGAUUGGUCGGUCGACUGAAAGUCCCAUUGAUUUUGUAGUAACUGACACAGUUCCUGGAAGCCAAAGUAAUUCUGAUACACAGUCAGUGCAAAGCACUAUAUCAAGAUUUGCCUGUAGAAUCAUCUGUGAACGGAAUCCCCCCUUUACAGCACGGAUUUAUGCUGCAGGAUUUGACUCAUCAAAAAACAUCUUUCUUGGGGAGAAGGCUGCCAAGUGGAAGACAUCAGAUGGGCAGAUGGAUGGUUUGACCACUAAUGGCGUUCUUGUUAUGCAUCCACGCAAUGGGUUCACAGAAGACUCCAAGCCUGGAAUAUGGAGAGAAAUAUCAGUGUGUGGAAAUGUAUUUAGCCUGCGGGAAACCAGAUCAGCUCAGCAGAGAGGAAAAAUGGUGGAAAUUGAAACCAAUCAGUUGCAAGAUGGCUCAUUAAUUGACCUCUGUGGUGCAACAUUGCUGUGGCGUACUGCAGAAGGCCUUUCCCACACUCCUACAGUGAAGCAUUUAGAAGCUUUAAGACAGGAAAUCAAUGCAGCACGACCUCAGUGCCCUGUAGGGUUCAACACACUAGCAUUUCCUAGUAUGAAGAGGAAAGAUGUUGUCGAUGAAAAACAACCAUGGGUGUAUCUAAACUGCGGCCAUGUGCAUGGCUAUCAUAACUGGGGAAACAAAGAAGAACGUGAUGGAAAAGAUCGUGAAUGUCCCAUGUGUAGGUCUGUUGGUCCCUAUGUCCCUCUGUGGCUUGGAUGUGAAGCUGGAUUUUAUGUGGACGCCGGCCCUCCAACCCAUGCGUUCAGCCCAUGUGGGCAUGUGUGUUCAGAAAAGACAACUGCCUAUUGGUCCCAGAUCCCGCUUCCUCAUGGUACUCAUACUUUUCAUGCAGCCUGCCCCUUUUGUGCACAUCAGUUGGCUGGUGAACAAGGCUACAUCAGACUUAUUUUCCAAGGACCUCUAGACUAACAGACAGUUGUCCUCCAGGACUACAUUAUAAAUUUAUAAGCUAAGUGAGUUGGGUUUUCCAACCUGUUGUCCAUGUCACAGUUUCUCUGCUCUGGUCAUUUGCAUUAAGAUGAAGAAUUUUUUUAAACAUUUAUAAUAAGUAGUAACAAUUUCUGAUCAAAAAAUCUGGGAAACUCGAGAAAAAGAAUUUCUGAAAGUACCAGACUUUGAAUUCUGAGUUUUGAAAAUAUAUUUUGAGGAUAAAAAGAUGCAAUCUAUAAUUUGUUGCCUUCCUUUUAGUGUUUUUGAAUCACCCAUCCUCAGUGUUGGAAAAUUGUUUUUAUAUAACUGAGGGUACUGUUGGUUCAAACUAUGUUAGUUUACAGUUUGUUGCAAACAUUGUAAAAUACAGCAACAUGUAUAUUAACUUUUUUCUAUUUAUCUUUAUUAUAGAAAACAUCUUAGAAUGUUCUUGAUAGAGUAGCAUGGUAACGAUGGUGUCACACUUGCGGUGUGAAUGGUAGUUUAGCGAGCAUAGCUCAAGGAUUUACAAGCUUAGAAGGACAAGAGAGCCUCUCUCCCUGCCCCCUUCUAAAGAUGGAAUUUGGUAAAUUAAAAUACUUUGUAAAACCAAAUUCAUAUUAAUUAUUAUUGUGUAAGAGCUGUUUGUUUUUAACCACAUUGAAUAUAAUCAGGAAAGUUUUUUUUCUUAAUGUUCUCUCAAGUGUAGUAUAUAACAAAAACUUAAUGCUAAGAAACAUUUUAUAUGCUCCUUUGAAUAUGCAAUUUAAUCUAGAUUAUCUAUUUUUCUCCCAUGAUAACUAAUCUGUUUUUAGUACCAGCAACAUUUGGCAAGUUUAUUUUUUAGAUAUAAACUGUGGUUCAUCUGUUCACUGUUUCUAGAAAAAAAAAAUCAUUCUCAUGAGGAAAAGCAUAAAUUAACAAGGAGGAGAGUGACUUGAUUUGCUUUUAGAAGAAGAAAUACUUAAUUGAUUAUUCUGUUUGUGGUCUUAUCCAGGCAUUAAGAAAUGUGGAGAGAUACAAAGGAUUCAAUGACAAUAGUGCCCCCCCCCCUUUUUUAACCUAACAGACCAGCCUUAACUUUGUGGGCUUUGAAUCCUAAGGAGAGUUGCCACCAUGUGACUCAAGGAAAUGUUUGGUUGGCAGAUGAGCACCAGUGACAGCCAAGUAGGGGAACAUACUUGCAUGGUAUGUUUAUUCUCUAAUUCCAAUAAGUUCUUUGCUUAAAGAAGCAAGAAAACGUUUCUUCACUCCCUCCCCUCCCCUUUUUUUAAUGCACCACAAAGGAAGUAUAGACAGUUGCACUACAUCAAACCCUUUGCGACACUUGUAGAAAUCAGUACACUUUUAGAUUAGACAGAAUCUUUUUUUUUAAUCUUUUGAUUUGUUUUUCCUUUAGUUCACAAGUUGUGUAAUAAUUGACUGUAGCAAAUUUUCGUAUGUGGUAGUAUAGCUUUAAUUUAUCAUAACUAUUACUAUACUGUUCUGAAUUUUCUUUUGGUUUAAAAAAAAAAUAACAAAACCUGUUGCUUAGAAGCCAUGAACUAUUUCACUUUAAUUCAACUUGUCAAAAUUUCCUUGUUUUUAAAAAUGAUCAUUUGGGUUCACUCAGGAAAUGCAUGUCAGGAAACUUGUAUUAUAAGUUUACUAGUUGUGAUGUAUCAGUAACUGCUGUUACCCCGUUUUCAAAGAAAUAUAAUUGAUUUUGAAGUUUUCUAGAUAGUCACAUGCUUUGUGACUAAUGCAAGGAAAUCAAGUCCUGUGUUGUAUUUGUUCUAGUCAUUUCUAUUCAGGCUAUAUAUUGUAGCUAAUUUUUAUUUGCAAUUAAUUUAUUCAAACUAAGUAAAUACUUUUCAAAAUAGAUACUUGAAUUUGUCUCCGUGAGUUCGUUUUUGCAUAACUGAGAAUGGGAAACCAGAAAUGAAAACUCUUGGACAAAUCUACCCCCCCACACACUUCAAAAAUAUUCACUUGAAAUAGAUGAAGAAUUUGCAUUUAAUGUAACACUUUAAAUCUCUGGUUCUCUUGGGAAAGCAUCUCUUACCUCUUAAUAAAGGAACUUUGGUUAGUGGUUGAAUAA